AUGGGCAGCAAUAAGACUGCUAUUAUGGAUUUUUUUUUGCUUGGACUUCAGCAGUACAACAACCAGAAAUUCCUUGUAUUCUUUGUGCUGCUCAUCAUGCACAUUACAACUUUAACUGGGGAUCUUAUGAUUAUUCUUCUGGUAUCAACAAGCCAACGACUCCAGUCCCCAAUGUACUACUUCCUCAAGCACCUAUCAAUAUCAGAAAUCAUGUUUACUACUAAUAUUGUUCCUAAUAUGCUCUAUAUUAUAUUGAAGGAAGGGAACUCCAUGACAAUUGUCUGUUGUUUCAUCCAGUUUUACAUAUUCAUUGCAUCAGGUAGUAUAGAGUCUCUUCUUCUUACAAUUAUGUCAUAUGAUCGAUACUUGGCCAUCUGUAACCCAUUGCGCUACUCCUACCUGAUGAACCUCCAGAUAUGCCAGACUUUGGUGUCAUGUUCUUGGUUGCUUUGUUUCUUGCUAGUGUUGAUAACUGUAAUAUUAUUAUGCCAAUUGCAGUUCUGUGCCUCCAAUAUCAUUGACCACUAUUUCUGUGAUUUGGAACCAAUUCUAGAACUCUCUUGCUCCGACACCUCAUUUGUGAGAACAGCAGUUCUGGUGCUUUCCAUUCCUACAGUAAUCACAGCCUUUACAUUCAUUAUAAUCACUUACAUAUGUAUCUUUUACACUGUUCUUAGAAUCUCCUCCUCUGCAGGCAGACACAAGGCCUUCUCAACCUGCAGUGCCCACCUCACCUCUGUGUGCUCUUAUUAUGGCCCUCUCAUAAUCAUUUAUGUUGUACCAUACAGAGGAAGCUCAUUAAAUGCAAACAAGUUAUUAUCUUUACUGUAUACAGUUGUCACACCAUUAAUCAAUCCAAUAAUCUACAGCCUGAGGAACCAGGAAAUUCGAGAAGUUCUGGCUACAUUUUGGAGCACCAAAUGGUCUAAAACACAUUGA